UCUCCACCCAUCAAUUCAUGCUCGAAACACAACUCAGAUUCAACCCAACUUUUUAUUUUACCAUUCUGCCACUCCCUCUCUUUAUUGCCUCACCUUCUUUCCUUCCUUCUUCCCCAAUCCAUUACCACAUAUACAUAUAUAUACACACUCAAAGCAUGCUAAUACUAUACCUUAUUCUCCACAACAAGAUUUCCCCUUUUCCUUUUUUUUUUUUUUUUUUGCUUUUCCUUUUUAAUAAGAAAAUGGGAAAACUCACUCUUUUUCAGCAAUCCUCUCUUAACUGAAUCUCUCAGUUUAAGAGUUAAGGGAGUGUUCGUUUGAUGUGAGGUUUUAUUCAGGUGAACAAUUUUUUUUUUCUAAACCCAUUUUUCUUAAUGGUAAUGAAAAUGAGAGUCAAGGAAAUGCACCCGCUGUGCUGUAUCUCGCUGGAGAGCCCUGGAAUAGGGGACCAGUCGCCGGAGGCAUCGUUGACCAGGACGAGAUCCUUGCCGGCUGGGUUUUCCGGUGGAUCUGAUAGCAAUGCUGGGCGGACUAAAGCGGGAUCGGAGGCUACCGUUGCUGGAGUGCUCUAUAAGUGGACGAAUUACGGCAAGGGUUGGAGAUCACGGUGGUUCUUACUUAAAAACGGCGUACUUUCUUACUCAAAGAUUCGGCGGCCGGAGAAUCUGAAUUUGUUAACUCCUAAUGAUGACGUCAGGUUGAUCGGAGAAAUCUCUACCAAUCGGCUAUCGAGGAUGGACAGUGGAGGUCACCGCCGGAAACAGCAGAAAAGUGUUGGCAUUGUUCAUUUAAAGCAGAUCUCGUCAUUCCGAGAGAGCAAGUCCGAUAAUAGGCGAUUUUACAUAUUUACAGCUACGAAGACACUUCAUCUGAGAACUGAUUCAAAAAGAGAUAGAGUGGCUUGGAUACAAGCUUUGGUCUCAACAAGGAGCCUCUUUCCAUCAAGAUCACUAAAUGAUAGUCUCUCCAUUGUACCAAAAGAUUUGUCUAUUUCAACUGAAAGGCUUAAAAAGCGCUUACUUGAAGAGGGUAUCAAUGAGAACCUAGUCAAGGAUUGCGAGCAGAUCAUGCUGUCUGAAUUCUCCGAAAUACAAGGACAACUUAAAGUACUUUGCGAGGAACGCUCCAAUUUACUCGACACAUUGAGGCAGUUAGAGGCAGCCAAUAUUGAAGCUGAAACAUCUGGAAUCCCAGACGGUGAAUUUCAAUUGACAAAGCACGAAUUUUCAAGUUUAGGGCGCGGAAAAUUUAGUGGUACAGAAUGUAGCACAACAGAAUCAUCUGAUGAUAUUGAGAAACAAGAACUUGAGGAAGUGUCAGAAGAAGAUGAGGCCUCCUUCUAUGAUACAAAAGAGUAUUUUACUGAACCUACUUUGAUAAAAGAAGCUGCCAGUCAAUGUGAGAAACACAGGGAACACAAUCAAAUUGAUAAUGAGGAGAAAAUGCUUGCCAAGAAGCAGCUAUGUCAUUCUGGCUAUCCACAUAUUGAAAGGCGAAAGAAGCUUCCUGACCCCAUUGAGAAGGAGAAAGGGGUCAGUCUUUGGUCUAUGAUCAAAGACAACGUAGGGAAGGAUCUCACACGAGUUUGUCUUCCUGUUUACUUCAAUGAACCAAUAUCAUCUCUUCAGAAAUGCUUCGAGGACUUGGAGUAUUCUUAUCUUUUGGACCAAGCAUAUGAGUAUGGAAAAGCAGGAAAUAGUCUCCUGAGGAUCUUAAAUGUUGCUGCAUUUGCUGUUUCUGGAUAUGCUUCUUCUGAAGGCCGGCACUGCAAACCCUUCAAUCCUUUGCUGGGAGAAACUUAUGAAGCUGACUAUCCUGAUAAAGGAGUUCGUUUCUUCUCUGAGAAGGUUAGUCAUCACCCAACUCUCAUUGCUUGCCACUGUGAAGGCAGAGGCUGGAAGUUUUGGGGCGACAGCAACCUCCGCACAAAAUUUUGGGGGCGGUCAAUUCAGCUUGAUCCUGUUGGAGUUCUGGCCCUGGAGUUUGAUGAUGGUGAAAUAUUCCAAUGGAGCAAGGUGACAACAACAAUUUACAAUCUUAUCCUUGGUAAAGUGUACUGUGAUCACCAUGGAAUGAUGCAUAUACAUGGAAAUCGACAAUAUUCAUGCAAACUCAAGUUCAAAGAACAAUCGAUCCUUGACAGGAAUCCUCACCAGGUUAAUGGGUUUGUUGAAGAUGUUUCGGGUAAAAAAGUUGCUUCAUUAUUUGGGAAGUGGGAUGACAGCAUGUAUUAUACCGAAGGUGAUGGGUCUAGCAAGACAAAAGAUUGCAAUUCCUCAUCUAAUGCCACCUUACUUUGGAAAAGUACUAAGCCACCUCCUAAUGUCACUCGGUACAACUUAACAUCAUUUGCGAUCACUCUAAAUGAAUUAAUACCUGGACUGCAGAUUAAGGAGAAGCUCCCACCUACGGAUUCCAGACUUAGACCAGACCAACGGCAUCUGGAGAAUGGGGAAUAUGAGAAGGCAAAUACAGAGAAACAACGCUUGGAGAAGCGGCAGAGAAUGUCAAGGAAAUUACAAGAGCACGGAUGGAAACCCAGGUGGUUUCAGAGAGAAGGUGAAAAUGGACCUUUCCGCUAUGUGGGCGGGUAUUGGGAAGCACGAGAGCAGGGAAAUUGGGAGGGAUGCCCAAAUAUUUUUGGUGAAUUCAAUGAAGAUAUUGGGGAAUCCUCCGAAGGGCCUUGACUCUGAUUUUUAGAAAGAACUGCGCACAUUAAUUGGUCUGGCUUCCGGAUUGUGGCCACUUUCAAGAUCCUGGUCCAAGGCGGCAAGUUUCUGCAGAGACUUUUGAAUGAAGAAUUUAUUUUUCAUUUUAUAAAGCAUAGAGCCUAAUAUUUCUUUGUAGCAUAUUCCUAAUUAUAUGCUAUAGGGAUGUUGUUUGUGUAAUGUAUUCUCACUUUCUUCUUUAGUUUAGUUCCUUGAAUUGUACCGGCCACCGGCUGAUAAUUUCAUUUUUAUAUUUAUUUGUAUUUCCUUGCCGUAAAUAAAUGGAAGAAAAGAAAAAAGGAAAAGGAAAUGUAACAUUAUCAUGA